GCUGGUGAGGAGGAGGGAGAGGAGAGGAGAAGAGAAGCGCCGCGUCGCUGCCAGCGGUGGCUUUCCGGAGUCCAGGCAGGCUCUUCAACAGCCAUGGCUGAAGGGGGAGAAGGAGAAGACGAAAUUCAGUUCUUACGAACUGAUGAUGAAGUGGUGCUCCAGUGUGUUGCUACCAUUCAGAAGGAGAACCGUAAGUUUUGCCUCUCUGCAGAGGGACUUGGAAAUCGACUUUGCUACCUAGAGCCCACUUCAGAAGCUAAGUAUGUUCCUCCUGACCUGUGCAUCUGUAACUUUGUGCUGGAGCAGUCGCUCUCAGUGCGGGCCCUGCAGGAGAUGCUGGCUAACACAGGGCCAAACGGGGAAGGAAAUCCUGAUCAUGAACGAUGGGCAGGGCAGGGGGGCGGACAUCGGACACUGCUGUACGGUCACGCCAUCCUACUGAGGCAUUCCUUUAGUGGAAUGUAUCUGGCCUGUCUAAAGACUUCAAGGUCUCUGACAGACAAGCUGUCGUUUGAUGUCGGCUUACAAGAGGAUUCAACAGGGGAAGCUUGUUGGUGGACCAUCCACCCAGCCUCGAAACAGAGAUCUGAAGGUGAAAAGGUUCGAAUUGGUGAUGAUCUCAUCUUGGUCAGUGUGUCUUCAGAGAGGUACCUGCACCUGUCUAUGUCCAAUGGAAAUAUACAAGUGGAUGCUUCUUUCAUGCAAACACUGUGGAACGUACAGCCUACCUGCUCUGGCAGCAACGUGGCAGUAGGAUAUUUACGGGGUGGACAUGUGAUCCGUUUGUUCCAUGGCCAUGAUGAGAGUAUGACAAUACCGGGAUCUGACCAGUCUGAGGAACAGCAGAGGCUGGUGAACUAUGAGGCUGGAAAAGGAGGGUCCAAGGCCAGGUCUCUGUGGAGGUUGGAGCCACUUCGGAUCAGCUGGAGUGGAAGUCAUAUGCGAUGGGGUCAGCCCUUCCGUCUGCGUCAUCUGUCCACUGGCCACUACCUGGGCCAGACAGAGGACCGUGGCCUGGUGCUGGUGGACAGAGAGAAGUCUGAUACCACUUCCACCUCUUUCUGCUUUAGGCCAAGCAAGGAAAAAGUGGACUCUGGUCCAAAGCGGGAUAUUGACGGCAUGGGGGUGGCAGAGAUCAAGUAUGGUGAUUCUGUUUGCUUCAUUAUGCACGUGGCCACGGGACUCUGGCUAUCCUACCAGGCGCCGGACGCAAAAUCUUCCCGCUUGGGUCUGCUCAAGAGAAGGGCCUUCCUCUAUCCAGAGGGCCACAUGGAUGACGGGUUAAUUCUGCAGCUCUGUCAGCAUGAGGAGUCUAGAGCGGCCCGCAUCAUCCGCAACACCACACAGCUCUUCACGCAGUUCAUCAGAGGGCUGGAUGCAUUGAAGGGAGAGAAGGCCUCAGAGGUGAGCCUUCCUGUGGGAGAAGUGCUGCAGACCCUCAACGAUCUCAUUGCUUACUUCCAGCAGCCUGAUUCAGAGCUGGAUCAUGAGGAGAAGCAGCGGCAGCUCCGCUCACUCAUCAAACGCCAGGAUCUUUUCAAAGAGGAGGGAAUGCUCACUCUGGUCUCUGUUUGCAUUGACCGGCUCAAUGUGUACAACAGUGCAGCUGAGUUUGAGGAAUUAGCAGGCGAGGAGGCUGCGGAGGCUUGGAAAGACAUUCUUAACCUUCUCUAUGAGCUGCUUGCUGCCCUGAUCCGAGGAAACAGACCCAACUGUACUCAGUUCUCUCGCAAACUGGACUGGCUGGUCAGCAAAUUGGAACGGCUGGAAUCCUCUUCAGGCAUUCUCGAGGCCCUACACUGUAUCCUGACAGAGAGUCCAGAGGCUCUGAACAUCAUCCAGAAAGACCACAUCAAAUCCAUCAUCUCUCUCCUCUACAAGCACGGACGUAACCACAAGAUUUUGGACAUUCUCUGCUCUCUCUGUGUCUGCAAUGGAGUGGCGGUCAGAGCCAAUCAGAAUUUCAUUGCUGAACACCUGCUGCCCAGGAGGGAUGUGCUGCUCCAAACACAGUUGGUCAAUGAUGUUCAAAGUAUGAGACCCAACAUCUUCCUGGGCAUGAGCGAGGGUUCAGCCCAGUAUAAGAAGUGGUACUAUGAGCUGAUAAUUGACCAAGUGGACCACUUUGUGACCAGCUCACCCACCCACCUGCGCGUAGGCUGGGCCACCACAAAAGGCUAUGCUCCGUACCCCGGAGGUGGAGAGGGCUGGGGAGGGAAUGGUGUAGGGGACGAUCUCUACUCCUACAGCUUUGAUGGUCUCCAUUUGUGGUCAGGGAGAAUCCCACGGGCUGUGGCCUCCAUUAACCAGCACUUGCUGAACUCAGAUGAUGUGGUAAGCUGCUGCUUGGACCUCGGCGCACCCAGCAUGUCCUUCCGCAUCAACGGCCAGCCUGUGCAGGGAAUGUUUGAAGACUUCAACACUGAUGGCUUCUUCUUCCCCGUCGUCAGCUUCUCAGCAGGGGUCAAGGUUCGUUUCCUGUUGGGAGGUCGCCAUGGUGACUUUAAGUUCAUGCCCCCAGCCGGCUACGCACCUUGUUACGAGGCCCUGCUCCCAAAAGAAAAGAUGCGUGUGGAGCCUGUGAAGGAGUAUAAGAGAGAUUUAGAGGGAGUGAGGGACUUGUUGGGAACAACUCAAUUCCUCUCUCAGGCCUCCUUCAUCCCCAUACCAGUCAAUACCAGCCAGAUUGUUCUGCCUCCACAUCUUGAAAAUGUGCGUGACAAACUAGCUGAGAACAUCCAUGAACUCUGGGGCAUGAACAAAAUUGAGCUUGGCUGGACUUACGGCAAGGUACGAGAUGACAACAAGAGACAGCACCCUUGCCUGGUUGACUUCUCCAAGCUGCCUGAAACUGAAAAGAAUUAUAACCUGCAGAUGUCAACUGAGACUUUAAAGACCUUAUUAGCUUUGGGAUGUCAUGUUGUACACAUCAAUGCCAAUGCUGAGGAAGAUCUGAAGAAAAUAAAACUUCCCAAGGACUAUAUGAUGUCAAAUGGUUAUAAACCCUCGCCACUAGAACUUUCUGAUGUAAAACUCACACCUGGUCAGGAGGUUCUGGUUGAUAAACUGGCCGAAAACGCUCACAACGUUUGGGCCAAAGAUCGCAUCAAGCAAGGAUGGACCUAUGGCAUUCAGCAGGAUUUGAAGAGCAAACGCAAUCCUCGGCUGGUGCCAUAUGCUUUGUUAGAUGAACGCACAAAGAAAUCCAACAGAGACAGCCUUCGAGAGGCCAUUCGAACACUAAUUGGAUAUGGAUAUAACAUCGACCCCCCUGACCAAGAGACUGCCCACGUGGUUGAGAAGUUGAGUGUUGAAAACAUUCGUUUCUUCCGUGUGGAGAAGACCUACGCAGUAAAGUCUGGGAAGUGGUAUUUUGAGUUUGAGGCUGUGACUGGAGGAGAAAUGUGCGUGGGGUGGGCCCGGCCUGGCUGUAGACCAGACAUUGACCUGGGAAUGGAUGACCAGGCCUUCGUUUUUGAUGGCUACCGAGGUCGCAGGGUACACAUGGGCAGUCACUUCUUCGGAAGAACAUGGAACAAGGGUGAUGUGGUGGGGUGCAUGAUCAACAUGGAGGACAAAUCUAUGAUCUUCACCCUCAACGGAGAGAUUCUCAUCACUAACAAGGGCUCUGAGCUCUGCUUUGCUGACUUUGAGACCGAAGACGGGUUCAUCCCAGUCUGCAGCCUGGGCCUCUCCCAGAUUGGCCAUAUGAAUCUGGGUAAAGAUGCCAACACCUUUAAGUAUUACACUAUGUGUGGCCUGCAGGAAGGCUUUGAGCCUUUUGCUGUGAAUAUGAACCGAGAGGUCCCCAUGUGGUUCAGCAAACGCCUUCCCACAUUUGUCAAUGUGCCGGAAGACCAUGAGCACAUUGAGGUGACUAGAAUUGACGGGACCGUGGACACCCCACCAUGUCUGAAAGUGACCCACAAGACCUUUGGGACACAGGCUAGCAACACUGACAUGAUCUAUUGCCGAUUAAGCAUGCCAGUUGAGUUUUAUCCGGGUCCCAGGAAAGUCACAAACAUCAACGAAGUGAUCGCUGAUGACCAAAAAGCCAAGAAAGACGACAGUGGAAAGAUAGAUUAUAAAAGCAUUACAAAGUACUUCUACUCGGUGAGAGUGUUUGCAGGUCAGGAUCCUGCAUCAGUUUGGAUUGGCUGGGUAACCCCAGAUUAUCACUACUACAGCAAGAACUUCAGCUUGAGCAAGGUCCGCACAGUGACGGUAACUCUUGGGGAUGAGAGGGGCCGUGUUCACGAAAGUGUGAGGAGGAGUAAUUGCUACAUGGUGUGUGCUGGAGAAAUUUCCAGCAGCUCUACAGGACGCAAUAAUAUUGAUCUGGAAAUCGGCUGUCACAUUGACCUGGACUCUGGCCUGGUCUCAUUCACUGCCAAUGGGAAGGAGUUGCCCACUGCAUAUCAGGUUGAGCCCAACACAAAACUCUUCCCUGCUGUGUUUGUUGAGCCCACAAGCCCCAACCUGUUCCAGUUUGAAUUUCCAAAGAUCCAGGAUGCCAUGCCCUUGUCUUCAGCAAUUUUCAAGAGCUUACACAGUAACCCCGAGCCUCAGUGUCCUCCACGGCUGGAUGUGCAGACUAUUGUGGCUGUUCUGUGGAGCAGGAUGCCAAACACCUUCCUCUCAGUGGAGACAGCCCGUGUCAGUGAGAGGCAUGGCUGGGUAGUGCAGUGUCUCGAACCUCUGCAGAUGAUGGCUGUGCACAUUCCUGAGGAAAACAGGUGCUUAGAUAUCAUGGAGCUCUCCGAGCACGAGGACUUGAGACAGUUCCACUACCAUACUCUGAAGCUCUACUGCGCUCUGUGUGCUUUGGGAAACACUCGAGUAGCCCAUGCCCUCUGCAGUCAUCUUGACCAAUCCCAGCUCCUCUACACUAUUGAUAACCAAUACCUAUCUGGCCAGCUGCGCGAGGGCUUUUAUGAUGUCCUCAUUAGCAUCCACCUGGAGACAGCUAAAGAAGCUCACCUCAUGAUGAACAAUGAGUUCAUCAUCCCAGUCACAGAUGAAACGCGAAGCAUCCGCCUCUUCCCUGACAACUCCAAGCGUCACUCUUUACCUGGCGUGGGCCUGAGCACGAGUCUCGCACCUCGCCUCAACUUUUCCCCUCCAUGUUUCAUGAUCACCAAGCGAGAGUACCUCUACAGCCCCCAGCUCCCCCUGCGUAUACUGAAGGAGAAAGCCAUCAGCAUGCUGACGGAGGCGGUGCAGGGUGGCGGAGCCCACAUCCGAGACCCUGUAGGGGGCAGUGUGGCGUACCAGUUUGUGCCAAUUCUUAAACUGAUUGGCACUCUGCUGAUCAUGGGAGCGCUAAGCAGUGAGGAAGUGAGGCUCAUCCUGCUUCUCAUCGAGCCCAACGUGUUCACUGAGAGCAAAGAGGAGGAGCUGCAGCUUGCGUUGCCAGAAGAGGCAGCCGAGAAGGAGGAGACGAGCAGCAACGAAGAAAAAACAGUGGAGGCAGGAGAAGAAGAAAGUAAGGAAUCCAAGCAGGCACCUAAAGGCCUUCUGGAAAAGAGCCUGCCAGAGUCAGUCAAACGUCAGAUGUGUGAACUGCUGCACUAUUUCUGUGACUGUGAGCUGAAGCAGCGUAUUGAGGCCAUUGUGGCCUUCUCAGACAGCUUUGUGGCCAAGCUACAGUAUAACCAGAAAUUCCGCUACAAUGAACUCAUGCAGGCCCUCAACAUGUCUGCUGCUGUCACUGCCAAGAAGACCAAGGAAUUCCGCUCUCCUCCUCAAGAGCAGAUUAACAUGCUGCUGAACUUCAGUACUGGGGAGGACUGCCCCUGCCCCGAGGAACUCCAAGAGGAGCUUGAAGCCUUUCAUGAUGACCUGCGACUACACUGUGGCAUUCCCAUGGAGGAAGAAGAAGAGGAACAGGACACAUCUGUCAAGGGUCGUCUGCUAUCCUUGUUAUACAAAAUCAAAGGUCGCCCACAGAAAACUGAGGAAGAACCAUCAGAGCAAGAACAAGCAGCUCCAACUAACCUGAAGGAGCUGAUCUCUCAGACGAUGGUGAGUUGGGCUCAGGAGCACACCAUCCAGGACCCGGAGCUGGUGCGCAGCAUGUUCAGCCUGCUGAGGAGACAGUAUGAUGGCAUCGGAGAGCUGCUGCGUGCCAUGAGAAAGAGCUACACCAUCAGUGAAAAGUCUGUGCAGGAUGCCAUCAACCUGCUGGCCUCGCUGGGCCAGAUCCGCUCACUGCUUAGUGUCCGAAUGGGAGAAGAGGAGGGCCAGCUCAUGAUCGACGGCCUGGGGGAUAUUAUGAACAACAAAGUGUUCUAUCAGCACCCAAAUCUGAUGCGUGUUCUAGGCAUGCAUGAGACAGUCAUGGAGGUCAUGGUCAACGUGCUCGGAGGAGACAAGUCUAAGGAGAUUGCUUUUCCCAAAGUGGUGGCCAGUUGCUGCCGUUUCCUCUGCUACUUCUGCCGCAUCAGCCGUGAGAAUCAGAAAGCUAUGUUUGACCACCUGAGCUACCUGCUGGAGAACAGUAGUGUGGGACUGGCUUGUCCAGCCAUGAGGGGCUCCACUCCACUGGAUGUGGCUGCGUCCUCUGUGAUGGACAACAACAGUCUGGCCCUGGCAUUAGAGGAGCCAGACCUGGAAAAGGUGGUAACAUAUCUGGCUGGCUGUGGGCUACAAAGCUGCCCAAUGCUGGUAGCCAAGGGAUACCCUGACAUCGGCUGGAAUCCCAUAGAAGGAGAGCGCUACCUGUCCUUCCUCCGAUUUGCUGUCUUUGUCAAUGGUGAGAGUGUGGAGGAGAACGCUAAUGUGGUGGUGAAGCUGUUGAUCAGGCAUCCUGAGUGCUUUGGGCCGGCUCUAAGGGGAGAGGGUGGGCAAGGUCUGCUGGCUGCCGUGCUGGAGGCCAUUAAAAUCUCUGAGAAUCCUGCACUGGACCUGCCCACUCUUCCUGAAGGAGGAGCACCUGUGGUCUGGGAGGAGGGAGAGGAGGAGGAAGAGGUGGCCCACAUGGGCAACUCCAUCAUGUCCUUCUACUCAGCCCUCAUCGAUCUUCUGGGGCGUUGUGCCCCUGAGAUGCAUUUAAUCAACAAGGGCAAAGGUGAAGCCUUGCGUAUCCGUGCCAUCCUGCGCUCUCUAGUGCCUACGAAAGACUUGGUGGGCAUCAUCAGCAUACCCCUCAAAGUGCCUGUGGUCAACAAAGAUGGUAGUGUCACUGAGCCAGAUAUGAAUGCUAGUUUCUGUCCUGAGCACAAGGCCCCAAUGGUGCUCUUCCUGGACCGAGUCUAUGGCAUAGAGGACCAAAGCUUCCUUUUGAACCUGCUGGAGGUGGGCUUUCUGCCUGACCUGCGUGCCUCCGCCUCUCUGGACACGGAAGUGCUAAGCACCACAAAGACAGCCCUGGCCCUGAACAGAUACAUUGGCUCAGCCGUGCUUCCGCUGCUGACCCGUUGUGCUGCUCUCUUUGCUCAUACGGAGCACUAUGCCAUGCUGGUGGAUUCCACACUCCACACCAUCUACCGGCUUUCCAAAGGCCGCUCACUCACCAAGGCCCAGAGAGACUCCAUUGAAGAGUGCCUGCUUGCCAUCUGCAAGCACCUGCGGCCCUCUAUGCUGCAGCAGCUCCUGCGCCGCCUUGUCUUUGAUGUGCCACAGCUCACAGAGUACUGCAAGAUGCCCAUAAAGCUUUUGACCAAUCACUAUGAGCAGAAUUGGAAAUAUUACUGCCUGCCCACUGGCCUGGGAAGCUAUGGCAUAGCCUCAGAGGAGGAGCUACAUCUCACCAAGAAACUCUUCUGGGGCCUUUUUGAUGCACUCUCUCAGAAGAAAUACGACGCAGAGCUUUUCAAAAUGGCCAUGCCUUGUCUGAGUGCCAUAGCUGGAGCACUACCACCAGACUAUGUUGACACAAGCCCAAGCACUACUCUGGUGAAGCAAGUCUCUGUGGAUGCUCAGGGCAACUUUGACCCUAAGCCCAUCAGCACUGCCAAUAUCUCCCUGCCUGAAAAAUUGGAGUACAUUGCCAACAAGUAUGCCGAGCACUGCCAUGAGAAGUGGUCUUCUGAAAAGUUUGCACUAGGCUGGACUGCAGGAGAGAAGGUGGAUGAAAAAGCCAAAACUCACCCUCUACUGAAACCAUACAAAGCACUGAGCGAGAAGGAGAGGGAGACCUACCGCUAUCCUGUGAAGGAGUCUCUGAAGAGCAUGUUGGCCAUGGGCUGGAACAUCGAGAGGACCAAAGAGGGAGAGGCCAUGUUCCAGCAGCGUGAGACAGACAAAAAGACCUCAGAGUCUUCCCAGGGAUUUAAUCCAUCACCUGUGGAUUUGGAUAAUGUAGUCCUGUCCCGAGAGUUACAGGGAAUGGUAGAGACUGUAGCAGAGAAUUAUCACAACAUUUGGGCAAAGAAAAAGAAAAUGGAGCUAAGUAGCAAAGGAGGUGGGACUCAUCCUCUACUGGUGCCGUAUGACACUCUGACUGCUAAGGAAAAGUACAGAGACAGAGAGAAGGCUCAGGAGCUAUUCAAAUUCCUGCAGGUUAAUGGAUACGCAAUAAGCAGAGGUCUGAAGGAUAUGGAGCAGGAUUCUUCCUCUAUGGAAAAGAGGACUGCCUACAAAUUCCUUAAGAGACUGCUUAGUUAUGUGGACUCUGCACAGGAAUUCAUAGCACAUCUCGAGGCAAUGGCUACCAGUGGAAAAACAGACAAAUCUCCUCAUGAACAAGAAAUAAAAUUCUUUGCAAAGGUUCUCCUGCCCCUGAUUGACCAGUACUUUAAGAACCACUGCCUCUACUUCUUGUCCUCACCCAGCAUCAACCUGAGCAGCAGUGGCUAUGCUUCCAACAAAGAGAAGGAGAUGAUCACCAGUCUCUUCUGUAAGCUGGCAUCUCUUGUCAGACAUAGGAUUUCUCUGUUUGGGAGUGACUCUGCCACAAUGGUGAGCUGUCUGCACAUCUUGGCACAUUCAUUGGAUUUCAGGACAGUGAUGAAGUCUGGCUCAGAGCUGGUGAAGGCAGGAGUUAGGACAUUCUUUGAGAAUGCAGCAGAAGACCUGGAAAAGACUUUGGAGAACCUCAAGCUGGGCAAACUGGGACAGUCCCGAACCCAGAUGAAAGGAGUUGCCCAGAUCAUCGCCUAUACCUCGGUGGCCCUGUUGCCCAUUCUAACUGCUCUUUUUCAGCACAUCACCCAGCACCAGUUUGGCGUGGACUUGCUGUUGGACGAUGUUCAGCUGUCCUGUUAUCGCAUCCUAACCAGCCUCUACUCCUUGGGAACUGGAAAGAACAUCUAUGUUGAGAAACAGCUUCCUGCACUGGGGGAGUGCUUGGCCACUCUGGUGGGUGCCAUGCCAGUGGCCUUCCUGGAGCCUCAUCUGAACAUGCACAAUCCCUGCUCUGUCUUCAACACCAAAACACCUCGAGAGAGGGCAAUUCUGAGUAUGCCUGACACGGUGGAGGAGAUGUGUCCUGAGAUGCCUCGACUGGACGGCCUGAUGAAGGACAUCCAUGACAUCUCAGAGUCUGGGGCACGCUACACUGAGAUGCCCCACAUCAUUGAGGUCGUCCUGCCCAUGCUGUGUAACUAUCUUUCCUACUGGUGGGCAAAAGGCCCUGAGAACUCACCGAGUGAUGUAAGCUGCUGUACCACGGUCACCUCUGAGCACCUUAGCCUCAUCCUUGGCAACAUCCUCAAGAUCCUCAACAACAACCUUGGCAUUGAUGAAGCCUCCUGGAUGAAGAGGAUUGCAGUGUACACCCAGCCAAUCAUUUGCAAGGCCGGUGCAGAUCUCUUGCGAACACACUUCCUUCCCACACUGGAGAAACUGAAAAAGAAGACGGUGAAGGUGGUGGCUGAAGAGGAGCUGCUGAGGGCUGAGAGCAGGGCUGAUACCCAGGAGGCCGAACUACAGAUUCUGGAUGAAUUUGCUGUCCUCUGCAGGGACCUGUAUGCCUUUUACCCCAUGCUCAUCCGCUAUGUGGACAACAACAGGUCCAAAUGGCUAAAGAAGCCUGAUUCAGAUUCAACAGAGCUUUUUAAAAUGGUGUCAGAGAUUUUCAUCCUCUGGUGUAAAUCUCACAAUUUCAAAAGAGAAGAGCAAAACUUUGUUGUGCAAAAUGAAAUCAACAACCUAGCCUUCCUCACUGGAGACAGCAAGACCAAGAUGUCAAAGUCAGGAGGCCAGGAUCAGGAGAGGAGAGGGAAGAAGAGAAAAAGAGAAUUGUACUCUGUCCAGACAUCCCUAAUCGUAGCAGCUCAUAAGAAGUUGCUGCCCAUUGGCCUCAACAUGUGCUCCCCUGGAGAUCAGGAGCUCGUCUCUCUGGCCAAGAUCCGUUACAGUCUGAAAGACACUGAUGAUGAGGUGAAGGAUUACCUGAAGCAGAACCUCCAUCUUCAGGAGAAGACAGAGGACCCAGGAGUGCAGUGGCAGCUGAACCUCUAUAAGGAUGUGAUAGUGAAGAGCGAGGAACCUCCAGAUGCUGAACACACUGUGGAGAGAAUACAGGGCAUCUCGGCUGCGGUCUUCCAUCUGGAGCAGGUGGAACAGCCUCUGAGGAACAAGAAGCUGGUGUGGCAGAAGCUGCUGUCUAAACAACGCAAGCGUGCUGUGGUUGCUUGCUUCCGCAUGGCACCACUGUAUAAUCUACCAAGGCAUCGCUCUAUUAAUCUCUUCCUCAUGGGCUAUCAGAAACUUUGGAUAGUAGCAGAGGAGUACUCCUUUGAGGAGAAGCUAGUGCAGGACCUGGCAAAAACCCCUAUGGUUGUGGAAAAGGAAGAGGAGGAAGCAGAAGCUGAGGUUCAGCCAGAUCCUCUCAACCACCUCAUCCUCCACUUCAGUCAUAAUGCCCUCACUGAGAGAAGUUUCCUGGAAGAAGAUCCCUUGUAUAUUGCUUAUGCAGAUAUGAUGGCAAAGAGCUGUGCCGAAGAUGAAGAGGAGGAGGAAGAGGGAAAAGAAAAAACAUUUGAGGAAAAAGAGAUGGAGAAGCAGAAAAUUCUGUACCAGCAGGCCAGGCUGCAUGCACGUGGAGCUGCUGAGAUGGUGCUCCAGAUGAUCAGUGCCAGCAAAGGGCGACUUGGCCCCAUGGUGACUUGCACUCUAAAACUGGGCAUCUCUAUUCUUAAUGGAGGCAAUGUGGUUGUUCAGCAGAAAAUGCUGGACUACCUAAAAGAGAAAAGAGAUGCAGGUUUUUUCAAAGGUUUAUCUGGACUCAUGCAGUCUUGCAGUGUACUGGACUUGAAUGCAUUUGAGAGACAAAAUAAGGCAGAGAGCCUUGGAAUGGUGACUGAAGAAGGGUCAAUCAACGUGAGUGAGCGGGGUUCCAAAGUACUACAAAAUGAUGAGUUUACGAAGGAUUUAUUUCGGUUUUUGCAGCUUCUCUGUGAGGGCCACAACAAUGAUUUCCAGAACUUUCUGCGAACUCAGACAGGAAACACAACUACAGUGAAUAUCAUUAUUAGCACAGUGGACUACCUGCUACGUCUACAGGAGUCCAUAAGUGAUUUCUACUGGUAUUACUCUGGAAAAGAUGUCAUUGAUGAGCAUGGACAACGUAACUUCUCCAAAGCCCUGGCAGUAGCUAAACAGAUAUUCAACUCACUCACUGAGUACAUUCAGGGCCCUUGCAUUGGGAAUCAGCAGAGUCUGGCUCACAGCAGGUUGUGGGAUGCCGUGGUUGGAUUCCUUCAUGUCUUUGCCAACAUGCAAAUGAAAUUAUCACAGGACUCUAGCCAGAUUGAGCUGCUAAAGGAACUGAUGGAUUUGCAGAAAGAUAUGGUGGUCAUGAUGUUAUCUCUUCUGGAGGGUAAUGUGGUGAAUGGCACAAUCGGUAAGCAGAUGGUCGACACCCUAGUUGAGUCCUCAAGCAACGUGGAAAUGAUCCUCAAGUUCUUUGACAUGUUCCUGAAGUUGAAGGAUCUUACUACCUCUGACAACUUUAAAGAGUAUGACCCAGAAGGAAAAGGAAUUAUUUCUAAGAAAGAGUUCCAGAAGUCAAUGGAGAGCCAAAAGCAAUACACACAGUCUGAGAUCGAGUUUCUUCUCUCUUGUGCUGAGGCCGAUGAAAACGACAUGUUCAACUACAAGGAGUUUGUGGAACGCUUCCAUGAGCCAGCCAAGGACAUUGGCUUCAAUGUGGCUGUGCUGCUCACCAAUCUGUCUGAGCACAUGCCUCACGAUUCACGUCUAGCCACCUUCUUGGACCUGGCUGAGAGCGUGCUCAGUUACUUUGAGCCCUACUUGGGCCGUAUCGAGAUCAUGGGUGGCGCCAAGCGGAUUGAGCGAGUCUACUUUGAGAUCAGUGAGUCCAGCAGGGAGCAGUGGGAGAAGCCUCAGGUAAAAGAGUCCAAGCGACAAUUUAUCUUUGAUGUGGUCAACGAGGGAGGCGAGAGCGAGAAGAUGGAGCUGUUUGUAAACUUCUGUGAAGACACAAUCUUUGAGAUGCAGCUGGCUUCCCAGAUAUCCGAACCAGAUGCUGUGGAACGACCUGAGGAAGAGGAGGACGAGGUACAGAGUCUGUUGGAGGAACUGGCUGAGGGCGAAGACGGCUCCCAGGAGUCAGCUUCAGCAUUCACUGUCGCUUGCACCUCUGUGAAGAAGAAAAUGUCCAAGUUCCGUCAAACGCUGACCUUCAAGAGCAUGCGGAAACAGUUCAAGAAGUUCAAGAAAUUAACCAUCAGAGAAAUGAUCACUGGCUUCUUUUCCUUCUUCUGGAUGCUCUUCACUGGAUUCUUCAAAGGCAUUUUCGGCUUGAUCUUCGGAUUUUUCCAUAUUAUAUGGUCCUCAAUGUUUGGAGGAGGCCUUGUUGAGGGAGCUAAAAACAUGAAGGUUACAGACAUCUUGGGCAACAUGCCUGAUCCCACACAGUUUGGAAUUCAUGGCGAUGUACUGGAGGCAGAGAAAACUGAGAGUGGUGAUUUAGUGGUGUCUAUGGAAAUGGUACAAAUGGCUGGUCCUGGGGAGAAGUUAGAGGCCGAUGCCAUCAUAGAUCUCAUAAGUACACCGCCUAAGAGAGAGGGAAAGCAUGGACCUGAGCCAGGACUGGGGGAUGUCUCGGAGAUCAUGACAGAAGCCAGUCCCCCUGUUGAGAAGAAGAAAAGUCAGAAAGCUGCCGCAGAGGAGUCAGAACCGGAGAAAGCAGACACGGAAAAUCAGGAAAAAGAGGAUAAGCCCAAAGAGGAACAGCCUGAGGAGCCACAAGUGGAGGAAAAACCAGCGCCAAGAAAACGGCAUGGCACAACAAAGGAGGAAGCUCCAGCAUUCAUGGCCAGCUUCUUUGCCGGCUUAGAAGUCUACAAGACCAAGAUGCUGAACUACUUGGCUCGUAACUUCUACAACCUCCGUUUGCUGGCACUGUUCGUGGCAUUCGCAAUCAACUUCAUCCUGCUCUUCUACAAGGUGACUGGUGAAACUGAUGAUGAGGAGGAGGAGGAGGGUCCGUGGGGCGGUGAUGAUGAUGAGGAUGAUGGUGGUAUGGAAUUCUAUGUACUUCAGGAGAACACUGGCUAUAUGGCACCCACUCUGACUUUCUUGGCCGUACUGCACACCAUCAUUUCCCUCCUGUGCGUGGUGGGGUAUUACUGCCUGAAGGUUCCUUUGGUGGUAUUUAAGCGGGAGAAGGAGAUUGCCAGGAAACUUGAGUUUGAUGGCUUGUACAUCACUGAACAGCCCUCCGAUGAUGACAUCAAAGGACAGUGGGAUCGUUUGGUUAUUGCUACUCCGUCAUUCCCCAACAAUUACUGGGACAAAUUUGUCAAGAGGAAGGUCAUCAACAAAUAUGGGGAUUUGUAUGGAGCAGAGCGCAUUGCUGAACUCCUCGGUCUGGAUAAGAGCGCACUCGACUUUGAUCCCACUGAGGAAGCUGUGGUGAAGGAGGCCUCUUUGUUGUCGUGGUUGAGCUCUAUUGACACAAAGUACCACAUCUGGAAAAUGGGAGUUGUCCUUACUGACAAUUCUUUCCUUUAUCUGAUCUGGUACACCACCAUGUCAAUUCUGGGACAUUACAACAACUUCUUCUUUGCUGCUCACUUGCUGGAUAUUGCCAUGGGCUUCAAGACCCUGAGGACCAUCCUGUCCUCUGUAACACACAAUGGCAAGCAGCUGGUGUUGACUGUGGGCCUGCUGGCUGUUGUGGUCUACCUGUACACUGUGGUGGCCUUCAACUUCUUCCGCAAGUUCUACAACAAAAGCGAGGAUGAGGAUGAGCCUGACAUGAAGUGUGACGAUAUGAUGACUUGCUACCUAUUCCACAUGUAUGUGGGUGUGAGAGCCGGUGGUGGUAUUGGUGACGAGAUUGAGGAUCCAGCUGGAGACCCUUACGAGCUUUACCGCAUCCUCUUUGACAUUACGUUCUUCUUCUUCGUCAUUGUCAUCCUGCUGGCCAUCAUUCAGGGUUUGAUCAUUGAUGCCUUUGGUGAGUUGAGAGAUCAGCAGGAGCAAGUAAAGGAGGACAUGGAGACAAAAUGCUUUAUCUGCGGAAUCGGGAAUGACUACUUUGACACCACACCACAUGGCUUUGAGACUCACACCUUACAAGAGCACAACCUGGCCAACUACCUAUUCUUCCUGAUGUAUCUCAUUAACAAAGAUGAGACUGAACACACGGGUCAGGAGUCUUAUGUGUGGAAGAUGUAUCAGGAGAGGUGCUGGGACUUCUUCCCUGCUGGAGACUGCUUCCGCAAGCAAUAUGAGGACCAGUUGGGCUAAAGGGAGUAAUUACAGCCCCCAGCCCAAACUAUAAUCAGAUCACAAACCUGAACAAGAACCUCAAACUAGCUCUAAAUCACAUGCUGCUUACAUUUCCUCUCAAUCAUUCAGAAACAACAUGACUACAUGACAUGACUAAGAACUUGUUUUGGAUAAAAACAUCAUGCCAAAAGAAACACAAAGACGCAAAGUCCAACCUGCCAAAACAUAAUGUACGAAAUUUUAAAGACUGCGGUGGUUCUUUUGAUGUUUUGCUGCCUUUUUCAUCUUCUGAUGCUCAGAUGUUGCACAGUGAGAUGUGUGAAUAACCAUUACAGGAACACUUCUUCCAAAAACGCUGACAAAGAAUGAGCAUGGCUGUCAGGACAAGUUAGUGUAAUCACUUGCAUAAUGCUAACAGGCACCUACUAGCAGUCAUUCAUUAAAAGCAAAUUUAGUAUUUUUGAGUGAAGUAUUCCUUCAACAUGAGAUAUUUGACAUGCUGAGUGAAUGUCAGAACAUAUAUGCACAAAAUGUACUUUGUUUGUAUUCACUGAGUGCAGAACUAAAGAUUUAAGCUUGUCUUGGGACAAAAACUGAUGUAUGUGCAAUGCCUUUUAAGAUGGCAAACCAAACCACAGGAUGAGGAACACUGAAUGCAGAAUAUUUAUCCUUGAGCCCAUUAGAAUAGUUCAUCAAGUCAAAGUGCCUUAUGACGAAACCUAUGCAAAACAUUGUGCCCCUUCUCGUAUGUGUAGAAAGCCUGUAUUUUAGUUUAGAAUGACAGGCAGUCUUACCUGGAUUAGUUUUGUGCAUUUAGUUGAAAUUGUUUUAAGUACAGAACACAACUGCUGUUAUGUUUGGUUUCUUUUUAAUCGCAGAAACAUGCUUGGCUGAACAUCUCCCACAGCAUUAGGAAGUCAAUAGGAGAAUCCGAUACUAUUACAGCAACAAAUUUAUUGAACUGAAACAAGACAAAAUUGUAAACCACUAUUGUAUGGCCACUUGUGCAAUGUAUUUAAUUUUCAGGAAGGGGAAAGACUAAUAAAGUGAGCAA